AUGUCUUCUUCAGUAUCAAGCAUCCAUAGGCGUCAAGCAUACACUAAGAAUGCCUACACCUACUAUCCUGUGGCUAUAAUUGGCGCCGGCGAGUCUGGUAUUGCUAUGGGCUGCCGGAUGAAAGAGAAACUCGGGUUCGAUCAGUUCCGAAUUUUUGAACGGCAAUCAGGAAUUGGGGGAACAUGGUGGAUUAACAGGUAUCCUGGGGUUGCGUGUGACAUACCCGCACUGUUCUACUCAUUUUCCUUUGCGCCGAAGCGAGAUUGGACAACCCUCCAUCCGGCGGGGCCUGAGAUUCAGCAAUACCUCGUUGAUGUGUGCUCCAAGUAUCAAAUUAUAGACAAGAUCCAGCUCAACACCGAUAUCAGACAGAUCCGAUGGCUUGAAGACGCAGAAGAGUGGGAGAUUACACUAUCCCAUCUCGUGUCGGGUACCGGCGAUUUAUCGAAACGCGACAGAGACGAAAAAGUGGCGAGCGAAGGGCCAGAAAGCGUCUAUAUCAAAACGGAAGUUAUACGGGCAAAGAUCGUUGUCAGCUGUCUUGGAGCGUUGGUAGAACCCCAAGUAUGGCCAGAAUCCAUUCCUGGAAUUGAUACCUUUGCUGGCGACUUGAUCCAUACGGCCCGGUGGGAUGAGUCGAUCGAUUUGCAAGGGAAGAAUGUCGUCGUGAUCGGCUCCGGUUGCAGUGCAGCGCAGGUCGUGCCAAAAUUGUCGGAAGAACUCGUCGGUACCAGCUCAGUCACUCAGCUCAUGCGCAGUCCCCCGUGGGUUAUACCCAACGAACUGUCUCCGGAAGGAAUGGUGAAAUGGGAGAAAUAUUCGCCCAUUCUCAUGCGUCGCAUCCCUGGCCUCGCGCAUGUACUCAGAAAUGCGCUCUUCUUCCAUUUGGAAUCUGCCUGGUUCCGGAUGUUUCAAAACAAUGCCUUUGCACGUUGGCAGCGCCAUUCCAUUGAAAGGCAAUAUCUGAGUAACAUGCGUCACAAAGUGCCCUCAAGAUACCAUGAAAUAUUAACCCCAAAUUACGCAAUGGGCUGUAAACGACGUGUUCUCGAGGGAGAAUGGUUUCGCAGUCUUAACCGCCCCAAUGUCGAGUUGACCACCCUGUCAUUGACAAGCGUCCAGUCUCGCAGCGUAACUCUUGGUCCCGGCAGACACUAUCCGCCUUCGAGCCAAACAGAAAGCAAGAUACCCCAUGAUGAAGUGAAGCAGAUACCGGCCGAUGUGAUCGUUUUGGCGAACGGAUAUCAGACCGUCUUGCAUUAUAUGCACUCACUCCGGGUGAUCGGUAGGGAAAACAGAGCCCUUCAAGAUGUCUGGGAUGAGCGUGGCGGUCCACAGGCAUACCUCGGCACCGCGAUGGACGGGUUCCCUAACUUUUUCAUGAUAUAUGGGCCCAACACCACAACGGGACAGAGUAGUGUGAUUUAUGCAUCGGAGAACAUGAUCAACUACUCCUUAAAUUUCAUCGGGCCAAUACUCGACGGUCGAGUCAGUUCGUACGAAGUCUCCGAGCUGGCGGAACGAAAAUGGACGAGCGAUGUUCAACGUACGCUUCGUGGCACCGUAUUUGGUAUCGGUGGGUGCAACAGCUGGUAUAAAACUGAAGAAGGCUGGAACUCUACAACAUAUCCAUACUCCCAGAUCGACUUUUUUUUCCGUUGUACGUUCCCCGUUUGGCAACACUGGACCCCAAGAUAUACCACAAAGGGUCUCCGUAUCCGGAGACUGAAGCGAGCCUUGUUGACUAUGAUACUUGGUGCUCUCGUUUGGAUGAAAACGACUGAGAGAGGCAUAAGAGCUUGGACAGGAUUUGCUUCCUUUGUUAUGAAGGCGACGCUUUCUGUGGUGGAAGCCUCUCUUCUCUGCGUACGGAGUUACUUAACGUAG